CAACUUCGCCAAGAACGUCCCUAACUCCGGGGCACCCUGCGGGGAGAGAGGGCGCUGCUGCCGGGCACAAGACGAGAGGACGCGCCGCUGGCGGAGAAGCCAGCAUCCGCGGGGUCGCUCGGGCGCCCCUGAGUGGGCAGCGGCGGCAGCAGAUCUCUCUCCCGGGAGUUCCGGACCUGCCAGCGCUGGGGAUUCUUCCCGGGCAGGCGCUCGCCCUCUCUUUUAUGGAGCUUGGGCCCCUGCCACAGCCCAGCAGAGGCUGUGGAGAGCAACCAUCAGGAAGCCUGGUUCCCAGCCCCGGGGGCCAUCGCUGGCUGCUGCGGGGAGUGGAGGCUCCUGCGAGGUAGCAGUGGUCCCCUCCCCAUAGUGAGCCAUGGGUCAGAAGCUCUCUGGGAGCCUCAAGUCCGUGGAGGUACGAGAGCCAGCACUUCGGCCUGCCAAGCGGGAGCUUCGAGGCUCAGAACCCGGGCGGCCAGCACGGCUAGACCAGCUGCUGGACAUGCCUGCGGCAGGGCUGGCUGUGCAGCUGAGACAUGCGUGGAACCCCGAGGACCGCUCCCUCAAUGUCUUUGUCAAGGAUGAUGACCGCCUCACCUUCCACCGCCACCCAGUGGCCCAGAGCACGGAUGGCAUCCGCGGCAAGGUGGGCCAUGCCCGGGGCCUGCAUGCAUGGCAGAUCCACUGGCCAGCUAGGCAGCGAGGAACUCAUGCUGUGGUGGGCGUGGCCACGGCCCGUGCCCCUUUGCACUCAGUGGGUUACACUGCACUAGUGGGCAGCGAUUCCGAGUCGUGGGGCUGGGACUUGGGCCGCAGCCGCCUCUACCACGACGGCAAGAACCGUCCUGGGGUGGCAUAUCCUGCUUUCCUGGGGCCAGAUGAGGCCUUCGCUCUGCCAGAUUCCUUAUUGGUCGUGCUGGACAUGGACGAGGGCACGCUCAGCUUCAUCGUGGAUGGCCAGUACCUGGGCGUGGCCUUCCGUGGCCUCAAGGGCAAGAAACUGUACCCGGUCGUGAGUGCUGUGUGGGGCCACUGCGAAGUCACCAUGCGCUACAUCAAUGGCCUUGAUCCGGAGCCCCUGCCGCUGAUGGACCUGUGUCGGAGAUCCAUCCGCUCAGCCCUGGGCAGACAGCGCCUUCGAGACAUCGGCUCCCUACCCCUGCCUCAGUCUCUCAAAAACUAUCUGCAGUACCAGUGAGCGGUGCUUGAAGGCCUGCUAUCACCUGUGGUCACACAGCACCUAGCUCCAGAGCAUCAGGAUGUGUCACUGACUUGGAAAAGGAAUGCCUAUUGCCACUGUGGCUGCCAGGGCCCAAGUGCUGCCAUCAUCAGCCGGGACCAGAGGCCUCCCAGUCAGCCAGAGCGGAGGACCACUUCUUCCUCAAGGGAAUGAAUAAAACAUUUGGCAGGAGACGGCGUCUUACUCCCCACUGCAGACAGGCCCAGGGAAAUUGGCCAGUGGAGAGAAAAUAGCUUCUGAAUAAUGAAUGGUGGAAGCAAGUCCUUGAUGGUCCCCUCCCUGCCUGCCCCUGGCCCGGGCAGGGAGAUAGUCCUUCCAAUGUAAGACUCAGAACCACUUUGAGAGACAAGUCACCAGGGACCACAGCAGUUCGAAGAACCUGGGCUUUCCUCUCUGAUCAGGCUCCCUCAUCCCUCCCUGCCCUCUUCCACCACUGAGCGAUAGGGGCCUUUGGCUGUCCCCAUCCCUCUAUUCAGGGACACUAGUCUGAUGAUGACUUGCCGUGGGAACAGAGUUUGUUCUUGGGUAUGAUUGUUUUAGGUAGCAUUUGCAUUUUGAAAGAGGAGUGUGUGAAGAUGGCUUUCUCCCAAAGGUGCUAAGGAAGGGGGUGGGGCUCAGGACACCAAGUCUGUGACACCCUGAGUGUCCAGGGCUCUAGCCACCAUCGUUCAGGGUGAAACCUGGCUGUCACAGAGCUUUCUUUGAGCAAAUUAUUUUUCCACUUUAGGAGACUUCCACAAUCUGUGUCUCGUUUCCAAUAUGUGUAUGACAUGCUGUUUAUUUAUCAUCUGGGGCCUGUGGUGUGGCCUUGGGACUGGAAAGGGGUAGGUGUGACACAGUCUCUU